UAGUGCCUUGACCAGUAACAUUAAUAGCUGGACAUCGUCUGUAGGCAGUGUAAAAUCCGCUUUGGAUCGAGUGCUGCGUUUUGUACUUUUCUAUACAUACAAUAUUAUAAGAUAAGAUAUAAUCUUCGGAAUAAAGCACAUCCAAAACUGUCAUGGAUGUCAGCGUCGAACCGGGCCUGUUACCUGCGAAGGUUUCGAACGCAGGUAAAAGUGACGAAGUGUUUCAUGACCGGUCGGCUAACAGGGUGGUGUCUAAAUAUGGUUUUAAAGUGAAAUUGGAUCACAAAUUCCCAGAAAAAUGGAGGCAAAUGACUACCGUACGCCCAAAGCAGAUACCUCAGUUAUUCCCUCUCGCUAUGAGGUAUCUUUUAUAUUACAAAAAGAUAACGGGUCAAGGUCGUCUACCAUUGAUGGACUACGUACACGCGCAAAACGGCAGACAAAUUUACGGUGUUCCGAUCGGGGGAUUAGGCGGUGGUUCGAUAAAUCGUGGUUUCAAAGGAGAAUUUUGUAGAUACGCAUUGCGCCCCGGUAUUUACGAAUACAAGUCAAUCCUCGCUAAUCAAUUCAUUCUGACAAUUCAAGACAGUACCGGUGGGACGAUUUAUCACCAAGUGUUAUCCACCGAGAGGAAUCCGAAACAUCUGAAAUCUUGGAAAUGGGGUUUCGAUGGCUCUAAAGCGACGUAUACAGGACUAUUUCCACGUGCUUGGACGACCUACGAUAUCGAUGAACACAACGUUAAAUUAAUCUGUCGUCAAGUAUCGCCAAUAAUUCCCAAUAAUUACAAAGACAGUUCUUUACCUUGCGCAGUCUUCAUAUGGGAGAUUGAAAACAAUUCUGAUAAAGAACUCAGCGUCAGUAUCACCUUCACUUUUAAAAAUGGAACUGGAAACAAGUCCCACGACAAAGAAGGCGAAAAAUGGACGGAACAUUUCGAUUCCGAAGAAACAGGUGUUUCGGGCGUAAUGAUUCACCAGAAACUUUACGAGAUGCCGUGUACUUAUGGAAUAAGUGGAAGAUCGAAGGACGGGGUAAAAGUGACGCGUACAUUGAGCUUUGAUCCUGCGGGAAAGGGUGAUCAAAUUUGGGAAGACCUCGAAACCGACGGAAGGCUGGACGAGAAGGCCAUUAAAACUUCACCGAGAACGAACGGCCCAAUCGCUGCGGCAGUUUCAUCCCGAGUAUUUCUAAAGGCUAACGAAUCGAAAGAUCUUGAAUUUGCGUUGGUUUGGGACAUGCCGAAAAUUCACUUUCGUAACAAAAUGCGAGAAUACAUGAGGUACUAUACGAAAUAUUUCCACGAUUCGGAGCGAUCAGUUGCUCCCGAGAUAUCGAGUUACGCAUUGUCCACCUACCAAUCAUGGGAAAGUGAAAUCGUCGAUUGGCAAAGAGAAGUUUUGGACGAUCCCGAUUUACCGGAAUGGUAUAAAAGUGCUCUUUUCAAUGAAUUGUACUACGUAGUCGACGGGGGAACUAUUUGGGUGCGCGAAGAAGAAUCUGACGAUUUUCCUAGCACAGAUCCGAGAAAGGAAUACGGGCGUUUCGCUUAUCUCGAAGGACAGGAAUAUCGCAUGUAUAACACCUACGACGUCCACUUUUACGCUUCUUUUGCUCUCGCUCAAUUAUGGCCUAGGCUUCAGGAAGGUAUUCAGCACGAAUUUCAUCACUCUGUAAAUAUGGAGAACCCCGAUGUAUGGGCUACCCUAUACGCUGGUGAAAAACAGUUGAGAAAAAAGAAGGGAUCCAUACCCCACGAUCUCGGGGACCCAGACGAGGAGCCGUUUGCACUGAUAAACGCUUAUCCAAUUCACGACGUCUCCGAAUGGCGAGAUCUGAAUCCGAAAUACGUAGUGAGCUGUUACAGAGACUAUAAAUUCUUCGAAAACGAUGAAUUUUUGAAAAAUUUAUGGCCGACGAUCAAACAGGUCAUGGACCUUACUCAUGAAUGGGACAAGGAUGGAGACGGUCUGAUAGAAAACUCAGGAUUUCCCGACCAGACAUUCGACAGUUGGGUGAUGCAGGGGCCUAGCGCUUAUUGCGGCGGUCUUUGGCUGGCAGCUUUGAAAUGUGCUUCUAAAAUAGCUGAGAUUCUCGGACACGAUCAAGAUUCCAAAAGGUACUCCGAAGUACUCGAAAGAGGGAAACAUGCAUACCAAGAGAAAUUAUGGAACGGUCAGUAUUACAAUUUUGACGGCAGCAAUAAAGGAUAUUCCAAGUCCAUUAUGAGCGAUCAACUUUGCGGUCAUUGGUUUUUACGAGCCUCUGGUUUUGCACAUGAUGUUUUUCCCGAGGACAGAGUCAAGACUACGUUGAAAACAAUAUACGACAACAACGUGAUGAAGUACAAGAAUGGUAUGCAGGGUGCCGUCAACGGAUUCAAACCAAACGGUGGCAUCGACACCGUAACUAUACAGAGCGAGGAAAUGUGGACAGGCGUUACUUACGGCUUGGCAGCUCUCAUGAUUCACGAGGGGAUGACGGAAAUGGGAUUCAAAACUGCGGAGGGCGUCUACAGAACGAUAUACGAAAAAAUCGGCAUGGGUUUUGAGACUCCUGAAGCAUUAUACGAAAACAAAGGCUACAGAGCAAUCGGGUACAUGAGGCCACUUGCCAUUUGGGGGAUGCAGCAUGCCUGGCGCGCACAUAAAAAAAGGGCAACUUGAAAUAAAAAUUCUUAGACUAUUUCUGUGCAAUUAUGUAGAUGUGAUAACGAACAAAUAUAAAUGAAUACGUAAGCGAAAAA